AUGUCGUCAUUAUCUUCUUCUUUCUUUGAAAACGCGAUUAAUUUGUCCAAGGCCAGAGCUUUAGAGCUAUAUAACAAACAAGAAUAUUUUCGCAAAGCCUACAAUGAAGUAGCCUCACAUAUUAGAGAACUUGAAAGGUCUCUCCCUCGAUGGGUUAUUGACUAUUAUAAUUCGUUUUAUUUCCACAAUGAAUCUACAACCGAAGAUAAUAUCGGAGGUUCUGAUUUGCCUGAACACAACUCUGAUGAGGAAGAAAUUGACAUUAAUCCAGAUUUACUCAACUUUAUGAUUCAAACCUACAGGCAUAGAGAGGCUAGAGAGAAGGACAAGUCCACAUCCUGUAUUAGCAAGGAUAUUUUGCCUCUGCCUCCAAAGCCAUUGCUUCAUUCUCAAAGUGAUUCAACGAGUCAUUCUUCAGAGCUUGCUAAACAGAUUUCUGACUGUAUCUAUUCUCUAAAUUAUUAUUGUGAAUACGCAAGUGAGUGUCGCGAUGCUCCACUUUGGCCUCAAGUCCCUUUGUGCCUGCCAUGA